UUGCUGCGGCAACAAACGUUUUUGCGUUGUCCGAAUAAAUCUUCUCCGGCCUUCCUUUCCUGGCUAUUAGGCGCUUUAGACUUCUUAGAAACUCGCUAGUCUCCAUGCUCUUGCUGAGUUCCAAAUAGAGUGCUCGCGUAAGGCUGCAAGCGUAAAGGAUUAUGUAUGCCUUUCCUUCCUUCUUCUGGGUCACACGGUACUUGAUGGGUCCCGCGAAGUCAACUCCGACAACUUGAAAGGCGCGAUUUCCUUCGGUUCUGUCUCGUGGUAAAUUUCCAGGUGGUGGUCUAGCAGCGGCCCUAACUUGGAAACGGCGACAACCAUAACACUGCUUAAUCACUUUUUUGGUCAGACGCCUGAGCCUCGGCACCCAAUAACGCUCUCUGGUGCGCGCCAUUGUCAAACCGACUCCCCCAUGCAAAGUACGACGAUGGGCUUCUUCAACGAGUUUCACUGUGUAGGGGGUGCAUGUCAGGCAGAUAGACUGGGUAGUGUCCUGAACUCGACCUCGACAGACGAGAAUCCCCUGCUCAUUCUCUUUUAACCCCAGCCUUUGCCGGUCUUCUGUCACUUCAUCACCUUGAAUCUCUUGAGCGCGCUUGGUCCAGAACAGAUGUUGUUCAUUAAUCUCGUAGGUUGUCAGCGGACCCGCCAUUCUUUCUUGUUUCUUUAGGCGUGAAUUUCGCAUGAAUCUCGCGGCCCAGGCGACAAUUCUUAACGUCUUUAUCAGGCUAAACUUUCCCAGUAGAUCAUCAAGGCAGUCAGUUGAUGCAGUGGCUCCAUUAAAAAGUUCUUUGGUAACUUUAGCCUCUGUUUGGCUCUCAGGAGUAGCGCUUGUCACGAUGUCUGUAGGCCACCUGUCUUUGUCUGAAAGCCACUCCGGUCCUUGCCACCACAGCUUGCUGUCAUCGACUUGCCCUCCUCGACUUCCCAGGUCUGCCGGAUUUUCCUUGGUGGGCACAUGGCGCCAAUAGAUCUCUGAAUGCCCUUGUAUUUUCAUCACUCUAUUUGCUACGAACUGUUUGUACUCGCCACCACCCUUUAUCCAAUGGAGAGCCACUGAGCUGUCCAGCCAUCCAUAGCACUGUUUCACGGGAAAACCCUGGAGCGCUCUUCCUACAUUUGUGAUAAGAUUUGCUGCCAUAUGCGCCGACACCAGCUCUAAUCGCGGAAUGGUGAGCCCCUGCUUCGCUAGUCGAGCUUUUGCAGUAACCAAUCCCUGGCUCACACCCGAUGGCUGUCUCACAACUGCAUGCACUGUUGCACACACUCCGUUCUUACUUGCAUCCCCGAAGGCGUGAAGCUCGAUUUCUUCAAUCUGCUCUUGCGCACACGUUAAGGCCCUUGCUACCAUGACCUCGGCUGGUAACUCCUUCUUCCAUCGUGUCCACCGAUUUGCUAGCUGUGGGGUAGCGGCGCAUCCCAGGCCACUUUCACGUUGCAUACAUCUCUGUAGAUGAACUUUCCCUUGAUAGUUAAAGGCGCCGCAAGACCAAGGGGAUCGUAGAUUUUUUGCUAGAUUACGCAACAAUGCUCUUUUGGACGCGACUACCUCAUUUUGAGGCAAAACGACACUGAUCUGGUCUUCCUGUUUGUCCCACGGGAGUCCAAGCAAACCACCGGUCUUUGCUUUUGAUUGGCCGAGCUGCUGUUUGGCAAACGUGCCCUCAUCUUCGACUCUUCUUUCACUCCCUUCUAACUCGGCAACAUUCGAGUGCCACUUGUGCAGUGUGAAUUUAGCGUCCGCGAAGAUUUUAAUAGCUCCCUCUUUCAGCUGUUGCGCUUCGGGUACUGUUGGUUUCCCGCUGAUCAGAUCGUCUACAUACAGGCUUUUGCGCAGUUCAGCAACAAGUUGUGGCAUGUGAGUUUCCCAGGUUUCAAGAUGACACUCUAUCACUCCCCCGAGGAGAAAGGGAGAAGGCACAAGACCAAACAGCGCUCGAGUAAAUCUCAACACUUCUACUUCAGAAUGUUCGCUGGUCUUCCAAUGAAACCUGAGUGCAUCUCUCUCUUCCUCUUUGAUGCGCACCUGGAGAAAGGCCUGUUGCAGGUCCCCAGUGAUAAGGACUGGAUGGAAACGCAUGCGUACUAAAACACUCCACAGGUGAUUUUGAAGCGGCGGCCCGGCAUACAGACAAUCAUUUAAGCUUGGAACUUGGGGUUUCGCACUAGAUGAGGCGUCAUAAACGAUCCUCAACUUUGUAGUUUCAGCUCCCAUACGAAUCACCGCCUUGUGGGGAAUGUAGAAUUCUUUUCCUGCGGCGGAUCACUUGCAACUUCUACUAUUCCCUCGGACUUCUGUUUUCCGAUGAUCUCUGCAUAAGUCUCGGUCACAUCCAAGCGUCGAAGUCUGUUGUGGAGGUUGCUGAGCCUUCGCAAACUGACUUCUUUAUUGUUCGGUAAAGGCGGGUGGUUACCUUUCCAUGGCAGCGAGGCUUCAUACCAGCCUUCGGGAUGCCGUACCAAUUGCUCUCGGAACUCUGCGUAGACUGCGCGCUGAUCAUGUUCAGGGGUAUCUUCAAGCCCUAGAACGUCUAACCGACAUAGUUCUGCAUAGUCCACGUGACUCGUUUGGGUCAGCAGCAUAUUCCCGUGGUCAAUCUCAGUUCCCGGUGACAUAAUAGUCCACCCCAGCUUAGUCUUCUCUGCCACUGGUUCCCCUGGCAGUCCAACGCGCGGCCGUUCGGACGUCUUGAUCGCUGCAUACUCGCUCGCCCCUAAUAUCAGAUGUACUGGAAGAUGUGGCUUAGGGUCGCAGUCCGUCAUCUCAACUCCCUUUAGAUGAUCGUACGAAUUGAUAAUCUUUUGAUAGUGUGGGUUAUCGAUCAUCAGCAAUUCCCGUCUUUCCACCUUGGUAACAUCAACGUUUAAUUCUUCACUGCCAUCCGUUGAGCGUACUUUGAUUGUGGAAAGUUCUACUUCACGUGUGGUCGAUCCCAGCAUCAUUUCUAUUCGACGAACCUCCUUUGCACGAGGGCGCUUGGGAAGUUUCUCUAACAGCGCGGCCGAAGCAUAUGAACUCCCAGCUCCUGUAUCUAGAAGUGCACGACACAGUACUCCCUCCACGCUUACUUUCACAACAGGAUAAACUACACGCCCUUUGUUCCCGGUGGCAGUCAUUAAUUGGUCUCCUUGGUUGCAAAUCGAUGUAUGAUGUUUCUGUCCGCACUUCUGGCAUCGCAUUUUACUCUUGCAUUCGGCAGCAUGGUGUUUCGGCCCAGUACAAUUAAAGCACAUUCGUUUCCGCGCGAGCAUUCUCUUCCUCUCGUCCAUCGUGGACACGCGCGUGCAAUCCCGCGAGAUGUGAUUGGCGUCAUCACAGUAAACACAAAGGCGCUGGUUUCUAUUUUCUGCAUGGUACAGGGGAGAUUUUUUCUCAGGGCGCUUGGGGAGCGUAGACUUGUUUGCGACGUUAUUUUCUUCAGUCGCUGGGUUUACAUCUCUCCAUUUCUUCAGGGCCUGGGUCAAACGAGGUAGAUCCCAGUCUUGCCAGUUUUCUUGUCCCCUGACCAGAUCGGCUUUAAUUCCUUUCAAUUUGUCUAGCACGCUUCUUGUCAUCCCGUUUACUCUCUCGAUUUUUCCAAGUGUUUCCAGUGACUGGACGUUAAAUAGCAGGGUUUUAUAGAAAGAAUUCACUCGGUUCGGGUCGGCGUUCGUCACGGUGGGGAGUUCCAGAAUGUUAUUGACGUAGGCGUUGACAAUUUCACUCGUUUUCCCAUACUCUUCCUUUAUUAUGUUUUUCGCUCUUUCAUAUCCUUCUGUAUUUAGCGGCAAGCCAUCGAUAUCCGCCCUGACUUUGGGCUCCACUAGCUCUUUCAAGUAGGCGAAUUUUGUCACAGGCGCUAAUUCCGUUUUGUCGAUUUCGGCCUCGAAUUUAUUCCAGAACGGCGGCCAAUUUGCAAGUGUUCCGUCGAAUUUUGUGAUAGAAAGCUUUGGCAGCUUUGCAGUCACGGUUUUCUUUGCAUUUUGUUCUUGCUGACUGGCUUCUACGGCCUUUUGAAAUCUCACUUGUUGAUCUAACAGCUCACGCUCAUGGCUCAUUCGCUCCUCGUGUUUCAUCUUCGCGAGGGCCAUUUCCUUUUUAUCAGAUUCCAUCUUGUCUGCCAGUCGCUUGUCUUCUUCCAUUUUCCCCACUAGUUGUCUUAUUGCCAAGGCCUUUUCAUCCGCUUCCUUUAGAAAUUUGUCGUGCUCUUUCACCCAAGUGCUGACCUCCUCCUCUGAUUCACCAUUUGUAAAUUUCAGCUCGAUAAUGGAUUCUUUCACGGUAUGAGCGGACUGCAAUUUAGACAUUAAUAGUGCCUCGUGUCUCGAUAUAGCUUCUGCGUUUUGGGAAGCGAUCACUUCAUCAUUCUUAGUCAGAGAGAAUCUUAGAGACAGAAUCUUUCCGUUAAAUUCUUUCGUAAGUUCCUCCAUCGCGUUGGCCCUUUUCAGCUUUAGCGUUGUUUUGGCCGAUUUGCCAAAUCUCAGCGAAUCCCUUGAUCACGUCGCUAUGUACUUGAUUUUCCGCAAAUCCCUUGCUCUUGUUUGAGCUAAAAUCCCAAUAGGUCCCGUCGGAGGUGCCAAUUGUGUUAGGAAUUGCCUCCAAAGCUGAACGAUCUUCUAACACACUCACAGAAAUCCCGAUUCACUCGUUUUAUUUCUUUCUUCCCGUCUCCUCUUGAUUCUCACAGUACAUUACAUUCUCUCUUUUCUAUUGUUCUUUUUCCUUUCAGUUCCAAAGUUCAAUGCUAUCAGGUUCCAACGUCACUUAACACUUCUUUUAAAUCACGUUACUUAAUCAAAUGAAACUUAAACUCAUGUUUACAAAGAUAAUGGUAAUAAAACACCGCACAAUUUCCGACACUUGUAAUAGUGAAUAUCAAUCUUUCCAAUAUUUGCUAUCUCUGCAGCUGUGGUGGAACACCUCGGUAUUGGAGAAUCUGGAUGCGUGGCCGGAGUAACAGCAGCUAUUAUCCCCAUACCAUGAAAAGUGUUCUGUCCGUCCAACGUACAGACAUUGUGGUCUACAUUAUCUGCUACAUAUUGUACAAAGUGACCAGGGGUUAAACCAGGAAUAUCUGUGCCUUUUGUUUGCGCUGCACUCAUUUCAAAUUUCUUAACUUCAGUGUAAGAGGAGCAAAACCCAUGACUAUUCAAGGAAUCAAUUAAAAAUUUGGAUCCAUAAUGGUGGUGCAUUUGGACUGCCAGGCCGAUUUGAAGAGGAGCUAUCAGGACCCUGGGCCGAGCGGCUUGAAUAAUGGCUUGCCCUAUGGAAGCAAUCUUUCGCUCUGCACUCUUUUCGUUAAAUAUUGUUCUCAGAAACAAAUACAACGUUUCAGGUAGAAAAGCGCAGUUUUCAUCCAAAGACGAAAUCUCUCCAGGUAAUGGAUAAAAACUUUUAGAGAUGUCCUUACUUUUGAUGUCCGUUUUUAUGAGAUCAGCAGCUGCCUUAAUCACUCUGAUUUUAUCGGCUUCAGGGUCAGCAUCUCUAGAAGCGUCAUAAAAAUUUUGCAAGAUGGUCGAAGCUGUACUCCUAAAUGUUACGACAUCAGCCUUACCAUUGAUACUAGCAAUAACGAUGUUUUCUCCAAAAUGCUCUUUAAGUUUUUCUUUCAUAUACCGUGCGCUGUAAGGUUCUUGGUCGUUGAAUUCUGCCAUCUUAUUCAUAAGAUCGUUCACAGUUAUCUGCUCGUCAUCGUUUUCCUUAAGAUAUUUUGCAACCUCCAAGAAUGCCUCUUGCCUAGACUUAUCAGUUGGCCUGCCUUUCUUUUGUCGUUUGCUUCCGUUAGUUUGAUGAGAAAGCGGUACUUGCUUCCCCGUUCGAAAAUUGGUACUGCAAACUUGGUGAUAAAUUGCACCUGCUGCAAUGAGAUCUUGGGAAAAAGAUAUUCUGCCAUGCACUUUCUCAGCCCAACCGUCUCUUCGCUCCUCACAAAUUCGGUUUAAUGUGGUUUGAAAAUCUAAGGUUCUAACAGGAAAAACAUCAUGUCCUCUUUUGUUUCCCGUAAGUUUAGCAGGCUGGCUGCAAAAUAAACAUCGUUCACCAAAAUCAAAUGUUGGUUCACUGGAACGCAGGGUACGACUUGCACUAGAGGAUGUUUCUUCAUCAGCCGUAUGUUUCUUUAUGUAGGAACGAAUAACCUUUACAUGACAGUAUUUCUGCCUGCAUUUUUGAUGUACACGCUGUCCUGCAAAAGUUUGGAGUGUGUCGCCACGUAGUUUACUUGCAUUGUUGAUGCCAUCGCUUCCUUUUUGCCUGAGUUCCACUGUUUCGAGGCCAUUGGUUGAUAAUUCCUUGCAAAUUACACAAUACUCCAUCGUGUGAUGUUAACCGGACGAUAAACCACAUCUUUAACCAUCUAUACUUUACCUUCACACGACAUUUUUCACUAAAGUACCACUCUGGACGUCCAACAAUGCGUUUCUACCAAUACUCGUCUAAAUAAAUGUCUUGUGAAGCGAAGAACUUUGUUAGUUUGAAGGCCAGAGAAUCGUCCAGAGCAGUUGUACGGAGCAAGAAUUUUCCAAACCAAACAAUCGAGAGUCUUUAGAGUCACUGAUACACAUAUAUACUUAUUGAGAGAGAACUAAUUCAAGGAAAACUGUUGUUUUCCAGUUCUCGAAAUAAAAUUUCUUCGAUGUGAUCAAAAAGUUGUUCAAAUCUUUACAUUUAAACACGUGCACGCAUUUUGUUUUCCAAUUACGCCUAUUGUUUUUAGCUGUUUGCUGUAAAAAUUUACGCAUAUAUUUUGAAUAAAUUGCGCGGCAGCCAUUUUGAAUUUAGAAAAAUAAUUCAAUCAUAAAACUGUAAUUUCAUCAUUUUAUCCUUCGAAACGUUUGGUAGACUUUUGACAUGUUAUUUAUAGGCAUCGGUAGAAUAACUUCCGGCAAAAAUAAAUUCUGUUGCAAUUACUUCAAGGUUCGGUCUUUUUUUCUCGUAGAAUGACUAGACUAUAAACCCUGACAAGACCAAGGUCUGCGUGUCUGAUAACUUCAAGGUAGCUUGUGGAGUUUCUACCCGGAGUUUCCACAAGCAGGAUUGCCGAGGGAUUAUUCAGACCGACGGGCUGUUGUUUACGUUCUUAAUUGCGCACUUGCUGGCACCGAAGGCACGCCUUGACAAUUGCACGCCUGGACAAUUGCAUCUACUUCCGUUUUGCGUCAAUUAUGUAAUACCUGACAAAUCGGUUCAGUCCCUAGAAGAAGUUGAUUUGUCCGUAUUCGCGUCGUAAGUUUCCCUUGAAACUGCUGCAAUGUAGGCGGAAUAUUCGCCAUUGUCCAAUUUAUUAUGUUACGGCUCGAUUUUAGGCAAAAUAUAGAAGCAUUUCAACUGAACCGAGAAGAUAAAAAUAAUCCAUAUAAGGCAGAAUAAUUGUUAAGCGAGUUUUUAGCUUCCAAGCAAACUCGCACUCCCCGAUCCCCUAGUAACGAGUUUUGAUUGUCGGAUUCAUAAAAAGUGUAAAUGCUUUUUUUCUUUGUUUGUUUCAGGGCCUUGACUUACGCGUUGAGCAUUUUCACUGCUUUAGCGAUCAUGGAGAAGGAGGUCACUACCAUUAUGAUGUUACACCUGAUGAGGUGCAAUACAGUGGCUUCUUCAACCUCGCCGAGAAGAUUUAUCGAAUUGAUCGACCGCUGGUUACACAUAAUGUUGGAAGAGACUGAGAUAAAAGAUUAAUGCAUUGCUUUCUUCUUUAGAAUGCUUCAGUAAAGAUAACGGCUUUUUAUUUGCUGAGUCUGAUUUCCAAAUUCAGGUGCGGAUGCUCACUAAGGAUAAGUCACGCUUCAUUUUCUUCGACAAAAAGGGAUAUUUUUCAUGCUUAUAUGGCAUAGCACGUCGAUAAAAUCGCACGUGCACAACAGAUAUAAUAAAAAACUGUAAACACGUGCUCUCUUCUAGAGCUAUUUUUUCUUGAGGAUUCCUAGGCUCAUACCCAGCCGCUUCUACAACGCAGUCAGCAGAGGUCGCAAGAUGUCAUGGGAAGGAUGCAAAAUUCCCACGACACUGCAAAGAAACUACAUGCGUCAUGUAGUAACAGUGGGAAAAGCAUGGGAACGAGGUAGCACGUUGCCUUAGAAGAGCGUUAACUUGUACCCAAAAUUUGAAAUGAAUAUAAGUAUAUGCAGUUGAAACAUAAUUAUUGAAGGACACAAAAAUAUUUAAAAAAAAUAUUUGAUUGAACUUAAAGGGAUCCGGCUACCAAGAAUUUGUGAUAAUUUCUCAAUUACUGACGUUUGUUCUAACGCAAAACCUUUUGAAAUAAUGAACUGUUUCCAUUCGUGGGUUAAUAAUAGGGGAUAACCAUACCAGGUCACCAUUUUAGUGUGAACGGAAGUUAAGUUAUGUUUCAAAGAAGCUUUUCCAAGUUUUUGUUUUAUUAAAUUCAAUUGAC